UUUUUGACCCAAGUAGCGCUCCGUUGUGUUUGGACGUAUCCUAGCGACCAAAGAGGGGGGGUGGAUGUAACUGACAGGUUAGCGUGUGGUUUCCAUGGACAGCAAGCCGUCGGUAAAAGUUUUGAUAUAAGAGGAAAAAACUUAAAAUACACGUUUCAGAAUAUCUCAGAUUGGUGAUGGGGGUGUCACUGUCCAGGGCAGCCCAGUGGACUACAGCCAGCUCUGGGACUGGCAAACUGGAGUUAACGCCAAUGAAUACGUCCUUGUUGAACGAAAUCCUGCACUUUGUGGAGCAGUUCAGCUCCCAACACCCACAGGAGGCAGAACAUGUGUUCAAGGAGCCGCUCCAGUGGAGUACCACUUUAGUGGCAUCUGAUUUCAAAACAGACUAUGACAUCAGUGACUCAGAUGUAAAGUCCCACGAGAAAGACAGUGAAGGGCGUCCAUUGUUGCAGCUCUCCCCUCCCACUGUUUACGUACGCAGCUUCAGCCAGCUCUCUAAAUUCGUUCAUCUGGCAGACGAUAAGAAGCUGGAGGAGCUUCGAGCAUGUCUGGAAGAAAACAGACAACCCAUUGUAAACAUUCUUGGUCCCAGCUUUGCCACCCUCUUGGAGAAAGAAGGCACCCAUACUGAUGAACUAAGUCUUAUUGGCGAAGUGGAGGAGGAUAAUCAAGGCAAAGACUCAGAGGUCAAGGUCAGACUGUUCCUGUUGCUUCAAAAUAUGGAUACCCAGCUCCUCAGCAAGUGCCUCAAAGAGAUAUCUGAACAAGUCAGGCUUGACCCUACCGCAGUGAAGAAAGAAGUUGAGCUGUUGAGGCGGUUCUGCAAUGAAGGGGAGACGAGGGUGUUGAAGUCGGUUCGAUACACAUCAGAUUAUGAGUUUUCAAAUGGCUGUCAUGCCCCUCCUUGGAGACAGGUGCAUGGUGAAAUGUGUUAUCUUGUGAUUGAGCCUUGUGACACUGAGACCCUCUACAUUACCUGCAGCACUGCUGGAGCUUUCCUCAAUGGGGGCAUAAAACAGGAUGGAGAGGAGAGUGGCUAUGAGGGAACAAGUAUUAUGUACCAAGACCUGGUAACACUUCUGAAUAGCAGAUCUCCACAUUUUGCUGAGAACAUAAACAAGCAGGAUUUUGCAGUUCAAGAGCUUCCAUCAACACAAAAGAUCCAGCAUGUGGAAUCGGUUGAUGCGGAGGAACAAGGCCAACCCCAGAGGUCUUGCGAGCAACAGGAAAAGAAUGUGCAUGAGAAGGCGGGACAACAGCACACGCCGAACAAGGCAGGCGGCAAGAAGAAAUAUGAACCAUAUACGAGAUGGAAGAAUCUUGGUCUCGUGUCUCCGUGUGGGAAAGCAGAGGGAAAAAAUCUCAGCAAGAGCUCCGGGAAGGAGAAGUCUGGUGAAAUACAGAAGAAAAAGCUGGGGGCCAAGAGCAAGAUGAAAGCAGAAUUCUCUGUGUCCUCUUUACCAGGACGCCUGUCCUCCCAGAAAAUAAGGAACCCAGCAGGAGCCGUGCCAGCAGACGUUUUCAGUGAGAGUUCAUCUGAGAGUGAGGAGGAGGAAGAGCAGCCAGAGCGCCGUCCAGAGAGUAACACUGACCUACCUUCUGAAUACUGGCAGAUCCAGAAACUGGUCAAGUACCUUAAGGGAGGCGAUCAGACUGCCACUGUGCUCACCCUGUGCGCCAUGAUGGACUUUAAUUUGAUGCAGGAGACGUGCCAACUGGCCAUCCGGGAUGUAGGUGGCCUUGAAGUCCUCAUUAACUUGCUGGAUACAGAUGAAGUCAAAUGCAAAAUUGGAUCUCUGAAGAUCCUGAGAAAAAUUAGCCACAAUGUGCAAAUACGUCGAACUAUUGUCGACAUGGGAGGCCUGCAGAGCAUUGUGAAGAUCCUGGACUCACCAGACAAGGACCUCAAGGCCCUAGCUGCCGAGACCAUUGCUAACGUGGCCAGGUUCCGCAGAGCGAGGAGAACCGUCAGGCAGCACGGCGGUAUAAAAAAACUGGUGAAGCUGCUGGAAUGUGUGCCUAAUUUGGCCAACCUGACUGCAAACCAAGUGAAGGAUGUCGAGGUGGCUCGCUGUGGGGCUCUGGCUCUGUGGAGCUGCAGCAAGAGUACCAAGAACAAGGAAGCCAUUCGGAAGGCUGAGGGUAUCCCUUUGCUGGGAUGCCUGCUCAAGUCUCCACAUGAGAACAUGCUUAUUCCCGUUGUAGGCACCCUGCAGGAGUGCGCCUCAGAGGAAAGCUACAGGAUUGCCAUUCAGAAGGAGGGCAUGAUCAAGGAUUUGGUCAAAAACCUGAGCAGUGACAAUGAUGAGCUACAAAUGCAUUGUGCCAGCGCAAUCUUUAAGUGUGCCGAGGACGAACAAACCCGUGUCCUGGUGUAUAAGUACAAAGGUUUGCAGCCACUGGUUUCACUGCUGAGCAAGGCAGACAACAAGCAGCUCUUGGCCGCUGCCACCGGGGCCAUCUGGAAGUGUUCCAUCAGUGUGGAGAAUGUAGCUAAGCUUCAGGAGUACAAAGCCCUGGAUACCCUGGUUGGCCUGCUGUCUGAUCAACCUGAAGAGGUGCUGGUAAAUGUGGUGGGAGCUCUGGGAGAAUUCGCCCAGAUACCUGCCAACAAGGCCACCAUCCGCAAAUGUGGAGGCAUCAAGUUGCUAGUUAACCUGCUCACUGGAACAAACCAGGCACUACUGGUGAAUGUAACCAAGGCAGUGGGCGCCUGUGCCACAGACAAAGACAACAUGGCAAUCAUCGACCAGCUUGACGGAGUCCGCCUGGUGUGGUCCUUAUUGAAAAACCCUAGUGCAGAUGUGCAGUCCAGUGCUGCAUGGGCCCUUUGUCCGUGCAUUGAGAAUGCAAAGGAUGCAGGGGAAAUGGUGCGCUCCCUUGUCGGUGGGUUGGAACUGAUUGUUAAUUUGCUGAAGUCAGCAAACAAUGAAGUGCUGGCAAGCAUCUGCGCUGCCAUCUCCAAAAUAGCCAAAGACAAGGAAAAUCUGGCAGUUCUCACUGAUCACGGGGUUGUCCCGUUGCUGGCCAAGUUGACGAACACAACUGAUGACAGGCUCCGUCGCCACCUGGCUGAGGCCAUCAGCCACUGCUGCAUGUGGGGCAGCAACAGGGCGUCCUUCGGUGAAGCUGGAGCAGUUGCUUCCCUUGUGCGCUACCUCAAGUCAAAAGAGAGACCAGUCCACCAGAGCGCAGCUAUGGCCUUGUACCAGCUGUCCAAAGACCCCAACAAUUGCAUCACCAUGCAUGAGAAAGGAGUGGUCAAGCCCCUCAUCCACUUCAUAGGCUCCGAAGACGAGAUGCUCCAGGAAGCUUCUGCUGGCUGUGUGCGCAACAUCCGUCUACUGGCUCUGGCAAACACGAAGGCCCGUUUAUUUCUCUGACAAUCCAUGAUCGCAGCAGCUCUCGACAUCCAAUAGCGAAUGUACAAAAAUUAUUUGGGUGAAGACAGGGGCGUUUUUUUUAGAUGGCAAUAAUAUGUUCAGGGUUACUGAUAUGCUUCUGACACUCCACUCACAACAAAUCUGAAACACUCAACUACAAUUUCAGGCGAUAUAGUUCACCCCAAAAUUUAAACCUUGGAGAUGUUUGCCUUCUCUCACAUAUAAUGGAAGUAAACCACUCUUGAGGUUCUCAAAGCGCCGUAAAGAAAUUCAUUUGACCAACUCAUUUGAUACAGCAAUGUGUCUUUCCAUAAACUUUCUCAACCCGUUGUUUGCUGUACAACUAUACUGCUUGUAAACCUUGCAUGAAAACGUAGCUUUCAGAAAAAAUGGUGCCCUUUUUAGAUAAAAAAUGUUAAAUCACCGCUGACUGUAAUGUCAAAACAAAAAAAAACACCUACUGUUUAUCAAAACUGCAAAUUGCAGUCUGCAGUUUUCAUCCAUGAUACACACAAAAAGUGUAACUAUUAAAUGUAAAAGAAAAGUGAAAGACACUCCAGACUGUCCUCCAUUCAGCAAAAUGAAAACAAUGUCAAACCCUGUUCCUGAUGCCACUUCCAAUAAUUGUUGUACAGUUCCUUACAGGGCUGCUUCUGACGUCAACAGCAAAUAUUUACCUCAGCAUCUGUCGUGUUGUACACAAACUUUGUAACGGAGUUUGUUUCAAACAAAUGUGUUUGAAAAAGAGUUUCACAUAAAUAGAAUGAGAAAAGUGUUCCAAAUAUUAGCAUCACAAGUGUUAAAAUAUGUUGUAUCAAAUGAUCUGAGUAAGGGCUCAAAUAAAAAUCUUGUAUCUUG